AUGCCUCGCCCGGGCAGAAACACAUACAGCGACCAGAAACCACCCUACUCGUACAUCUCGCUUACUGCCAUGGCAAUCCAGAGCUGCCCAGAGAAGAUGCUGCCUCUCAGCGAGAUCUACAAGUUUAUUAUGGACCGCUUUCCAUACUACCGUGAGAAUACCCAGCGCUGGCAGAACUCUCUUCGUCACAACCUGUCUUUUAACGACUGCUUCAUCAAGAUCCCGCGGCGGCCGGACCAGCCUGGAAAGGGCAGCUUCUGGGCAUUGCACCCAAACUGUGGCGACAUGUUUGAGAACGGCAGCUUUUUGAGGCGUCGCAAGCGCUUUAAGGUAUUUCUGUCAGACCCGCUGGCACCCAGCAAGCCGUCCGAAGCGGCACAUUAUUUGCAGCAGCAGCAUGCCAAGUUGCGCCUUAGCGCCCUGGCUGCCACUGGCGCACACCUGCCACACGUACCCGCCUACAACCUGACCACACCUCCGCCGUCCACCUUCAAGCACCCGUUCGCCAUCGAGAACAUCAUCGCCCGUGACUACAAGGUGCCAGGUGGCCUGGCUUUCUCGGCUAUGCCCGCCAUGUCGGCUGGCUACCCUCUGCCCGGCCAGCUCGCCACAGCCUGGCCGCAUAUGUACGGCGCCGGGGCGCUCGAGAGCGCAGCGCCUAUUUCUGUAGCAAGCGGCGAUUAUGGGUACGGCGUGCCCAUCAAGACGCUGUGCCACGGCGCCCAAACUUUGCCAGCUAUUCCUGUGCCCAUCAAGCCCAUGCCUACACACCUGCCUGCGUUUCUUUCGAACUCUCCACAGUCGCUGAGUCCCACAUCACCGCACACGGGCACCUGCCAGAGCAGCCCUGCAAACCCGAGCGACGCGCUAAGCGGCCCGGCAACCCUGCAGUCUGUGGCCGUGCACUGA